UCUUUCUCUCUCUCUCUCUGAAAAUUGCAGCCACCAACUUUAGCUUUGAUGAUCCAUGCAUGCCUUUACCUUUCUUCUUGGCCUCCUCUUUUCUCUUUAUUCUCUGCCUAGUUGCUAGCUGCUGCUGCUUUACAUUUGCCUCCAAAGAUCCAAGCUUUCUUCCUUGCCGUUGGCCAUUGCACCACCAUUGACGCCAUUGCAUUGCACCAAGGAGAGCUUGAGCUUGCUCGCAGCUGGCUCCCAUGAGGGAGUUCUCGUACGAGGAGGUGGAGGCGGCGACCGGGGGCUUCGCGGCCAAGAACCUCGUCGGGAAGGGCAGCCAUGGCAGCGUGUACAUGGCCAGGCUCCGGUACGGCGCCGGCGGCGGCGGCGGGAGGAGGAGGGUGAAGGGUGUCGUUGCUAUCAAGAAGGCGUCGCACGCGCAGGGGGAGGCGAAGCUCGCGAACGAGAUCGCGGUGCUCGCGGCGGCGGGGGGCAUGGAUGGAGUGGUCAACCUCGUCGGCGUGGUGGUGGCGCCGGCGGGCGCCGGGGGGAGGAAGGGGGAGAGGAUGCUUGUGAUGGAGUACAUGGCCAACGGCUCGCUGCACGACCUGCUGCACCGGUCGCCGAAGCCCCCGCCGUGGCCGCGGCGCGUGGAGAUCGCGCUCGACGUGGCGGAGGCCGUGCGCGCGCUGCACGCCGGCGAGCCCCGCGUGAUCCACCGGGACGUCAAGUCGGCUAACAUCCUCCUGGGGCGCGACGGCCGCGCCCGCCUCGCAGACUUCAGCCUCGCGGUCAAGGUACCGGCCGCCGACGACGACGACGACUCCCGCGCUCCCGACGACGCGGCGGGGCCGGCGCCGGCGGGCACGAUCGGGUACCUGGACCCGUGCUACACGGAGCCCGGCCGCCUCGGCCCGGAGAGCGACGUGUUCAGCUUCGGCGUCGUCCUCCUCGAGCUCGUCAGCGGCCGCAAGGUGAUGGACGUGAACGCCUCCCCAUCCUCCAUCGUCGCCUGGGCGGUGCCGCUGGUCGCCGCCGGCAUGGCGCGCCAGGUGCUCGACGGGAGGAUCGCCGCCCCACGCUGCCCCAAGGCGGAGCGCGCGGUGGCCCGCGUGCUCGCCGUGGCCGCGCGCUGCGUGUCGGAGUUCGUGGAACGCCGGCCGGCGAUGGCCGACGUGGUCGCCGAGCUGCACGGCGCCCUCGAGAGCGCCGGCUGGCCGCGCCGCCGCCGCGCCCACGGCCUGGCCGGGACGCUGUACAGGCGCGUCGUGUCGUGGGGCGCGUCGCACCUGCACGUGAGGAGGAGCAAGAUCGAGUGCACCGAGCACUCCGGAUCAGAGGGGAGCUGUGCACAGCCUGACCACCCAUGCUCAAAUCCUCUUGCAUCAUGUUCGAACGAGAACAUAUUGGAGUAAUUUUAUGUCUUUUAUAAAGUAGUAGAAGACCAUGUUUUGUACCGUAAAAUUUGGUAACUUCAGUUAUUUUGUAUAUUAAGAUAUCUAAAU